UUUCAAAGCAUGAUUAUCAGAAUAAAAUAUUCUUUGACAUCUUGGCUGCAUUUAAGAUUCUUGAAUUUAUGCAUUUGUUAACCUUAUAAUAUUCAGAUUCUUUAGCCCAUUACAUCUGUGUGAAGAUAUGAGAUAUAAUUUGUGUUGUCGCAUUCUGAUGAAGCAUAACCUUCCCUGAAGUAAGAGUACUACUACAUAUAUAUUUUUUUUAAUUAUUGAAUUUUUAUUUCUUUGUGGCUUCAACUUCACUAAGAGGCCAUGUCCUUUGCUUGUUUUUGACUCUUGCGUUGAUAACUUGAUAUUCAUUUGUUGCUAUUAGUUUUGUAUGCAAUCAUCCUGUACUGCGUGUCAUUUUAUACAAAACUUUCAUUGAAUGUUCAUUUGAGAUGCAAAUUCAGAUAGAUAUCUGAAGGAAUGUAUUUCCUAUUUGUUUCAGUUAACCUUUAAACAUCAUCUUUGUAGUAUUUAGAAAUGAAGAAGCCAAUCAAAGAAACCAAAAACUGCAUGCAUCAUCUCUAAGCAAGGACCACAGAAACUUGACCGACUCGCUGCCUCACAAAUUAUAUAAUUUAAGACCACUCCUGGUCAGUAAACUGUUCUAUAUACAUAUUUAAAAAAGCUAUUAAUUAAUUACAUAUAACUGGUCUUGCAGAUCUGUAAAAUCUGGUAAAGCUAGAUGCUUUAUCAUAUCAACCACCCAAUUGCCUUUUAAAGAAAGCAAGCAAGCAUUAUUGGUAACAAGUUCUUCUAGUUGCAGUGAAUGAGGUGAUUAACUCUUUACUGUGGUUGUAAAGGCCAAUAAUCACAUUAAUUAUUAGGCUCUGUCCGGGCCAAGAACACCAUGAACAUAAUGCUCACCAACGUUCUUGAUGCUGCUGCUGGAGGUCUUUCUUACUAUCUCUUUGGAUAUGCUUUCGCUUUUGGAUCUCCUAGCAAUGGCUUCAUUGGCCGCCAUUUCUUUGGCCUAAAUGACUUUCCUUCUCCUCAGGCUGACUAUAGCUUCUUUCUUUAUCAAUGGGCUUUCGCCAUAGCUGCUGCUGGAAUCACUAGUGGCUCCAUUGCAGAGAGAACCCAGUUCGUUGCUUACCUCAUAUACUCUUCCUUCUUGACUGGCUUCGUUUAUCCUAUUGUCUCCCAUUGGAUUUGGUCCGGCGACGGGUGGGCUAGUGCUUCCAAAUCUGAUAACAAUCUCCUAUUCGGGUCGGGUGCUAUUGACUUUGCUGGUUCGGGUGUGGUUCAUAUGGUUGGAGGUAUUGCUGGCUUAUGGGGGGCUCUCAUUGAAGGUCCACGAAUCGGCCGAUUCGACCAAUCAGGUCGAUCCGUGGCGUUACGUGGUCACAGUGCAUCCUUGGUAGUUCUUGGCUCGUUUCUAUUAUGGUUCGGAUGGUAUGGGUUCAACCCGGGUUCAUUUUUGACAAUCUUGAAGAGUUACGGUGAUAGUGGAGGGUAUUAUGGUCAAUGGAGUGCUGUAGGAAGGACAGCUGUCACGACUACACUGGCUGGGUGCACAGCAGCACUUACUACCUUAUUUAGCAAAAGAUUAUUAGUGGGUCAUUGGAAUGUGAUCGACGUUAGCAAUGGUUUAUUAGGAGGUUUUGCUGCGAUCACCUCGGGGUGCUCAGUGGUAGAACCGUGGGCUGCAAUCAUAUGUGGCUUCAUUGCAGCUUGGGUUUUAAUCGGGUGUAACAAGCUUGCAGAGAAGUUGAAGUAUGAUGACCCACUAGAAGCCGCUCAAUUGCACGGUGGAUGUGGGGCUUGGGGCUUACUAUUUACAGGGUUGUUCGCCACCAAGAGUUAUGUCAACGAGGUGUACCCUAACAAGCCAGGACGGCCAUAUGGGUUGUUCAUGGGUGGUGGUGGGAAGCUUUGUGCGGCUCAGAUCAUCCAGAUUUUGGUGAUAACAGGUUGGGUGACGGUGACCAUGGGCCCACUGUUCUAUGGGCUUAAAAAGUUGCGGUUGUUAAGGAUCUCAAGUGAGGAUGAGAUGGCAGGAAUGGAUCUGACUAGGCAUGGGGGAUUUGCUUAUGUGUACCAUAACGAGGAUGAUUCAUCACUUAAGCCUUCAUUUAUGAUGAGAAGGAUUGAGCCUACUAAUGAAAGCACCCCAAAUCAUCAGACUAUGAUCAAUGUUUAAACAAAUUUUCUGUCACUUUCUUCAGAAAAUGUCUUUUGCUCCCUGCGUUACAGUACCGCUAUAGGAAGGACAAAGGGUGUUUGAUAAAGAUUUGAAAAAGAAAAGAAAUGCGUAAGAAAAAAAAAAUUAGGAGAAUGUUUUUGAGAGGGAGAGAAUGUUGAGCUCUUUUAGUUCCCUUGUUUAAAGAAAAGGGUUGAAUUAUCCAAGUAUAAUUACUUUAAUUAGUAAAAGUGAGACUCUUCUUUUUA